UUCCAUGUUCUGUGUACUGUAGGAGACCAGACAUAGUGAAUGCAGGGUCCAGGGAGACCAGACAUAGUGAAUGCAGGGUCCGGUGAGACCAGAUAUAGUGAAUUCAGGGUCCGAGGAGACCAGAUAUAGUGAAUGCAGGGUCCGGGGAGACCAGAUAUAGUGAAUGCAGGGUCCGGGAGACCAGAUAUAGUGAAUGCAGGGUCCGGGGAGACCAGAUAUAGUGAAUGCAGGGGUCCGGGGAGACCAGAUAUAGUGAAUGCAGGGUCUGGGGAGACCAGAUAUAGUGAAUGCAGGGUCCGGGGAGACCAGAUAUAGUGAAUGCAGGGUCCUGGGAGACCAGAUAUAGUGAAUGCAGGGUCCUGGGAGACCAGAUAUAGUGAAUGCAGGGUACUGGGAGACCAGAUAUAGUGAAUGCAGGGUCCGGGAAGACCAGAUAU